AUGGCUGGCAGUCCCACCAACGAGUUCUCUGGUCAUCUCAUCACUCAAGUACCUGAUCAUUUCACACUUCAUGGGCCCCACGGCACACACCCUUGCAUUGUCACUGCACCCGCCAGAUGUAGCGUUGCCGGGUCGAUCAAAACUUCGAGAUACAACGCACUCCGACUUGAAGUAGCCAGGGCUCUGGCUGCGCAGCUCAUCUUGGCAACGGCAUACGUCCACCGGGCCGGCUUUGUUCACGGUGACAUUCAUCUCAGAAAUGUGUUGCUCCAAUUGCCUGGCUCCGAGAUCGACCAGCUCUCCAUCCAACAGAUUUAUGAGAAAUACUAUAAACCAGAGCCUUACCCUAUGGCUAGAACCGAGGGUCAGCCAGUCACCUCAACAUCCGUGCCAAAGAACAUCUACACGCCAAACUGGCUCGGCAAACCGAGCGACGAAGUCCUACUACCCUCAACCAAACUAUGGCUCGCCGACUUUGGAACAACCUUCAACCCUUCGCAGGAAACCAGAUUGAUGUCUUAUACCUACUUACAAAACCGGCCACCAGAAGCUAAGUUUGAUCCCACAAAGCCUCUUACGUUCUCCUCCGACAUAUGGAGUCUGGGGCUUAUGGUCUGGGAGGUCAUGGGUGAUGGGCCAUUCAUGAGUAGCUUUCUGUUCAAUUGGGACGAGGUAAUUGCUAACCAGGUCGAUGCACUUGGCCCGCUACCACGGGAAUGGUGGGAGAAGUGGGAGGCAAGGUUGAAUUAUUUUGAGGACGACGGGCAACCAAAAGGGGGGCGGGAAUAUUGGUCGCUUGAGAAACGCUUUCACAUGAAUAUCCAGGAUCCGAGAGUGGAAGAGGGCACUGAACAGAUGGAUAAUGAUGAGGCUCACGCCUUUUUAGAUAUGAGCAAAGGGAUGCUGCGCUCCAGACCAGAAGAGCGUCUGACAGUUGACCAGGUUCUGCGAUCGGAGUGGAUGAGUAAGUGGGCUCUACCUCUUGCGGAGGAAGCUUGGGAGCGUAAACUUUCGGACUGA